ACAGUGUGGCGUCGGCAUGCGACGAGCGAUGUCGAAUUAUUUCGAACGAAACCGGUUCGUUAUGUUAAAUCAUAUUAUGUAAAUAAAGUUUUUAUGAAAACUUUUUUUCACUAAAAAUUUUUCGUUCGUGAAAUUCGCGUGUUUAUACUGUAUAUUAAUGUGACUUGUGUAUACACAAAGGGGAAUUUAUUCGAGCAAUGGCCUUUGGUGAUGGUCACAGUUUGUUUCUAAGUUUUGUUGCCAUGAGCUGAAAUGAUGAAUCGGCGCGCCUUCGUGAACUGCCUACUGGUUAUCGCGCUUUCUUAUUCGAACUUAAAAUCGACUUUCGCCGACGGCGGCAGUGCUAAUUUCCAGUUCACUAAACAUCAUUAUAAUGUCAGUAUUCCCGAAAACAGUAUUGCCAAAUCGUACGCCACCCAAAUUCCAGGUUCAGAUCUCAUGGGCAUACGAUUGCAAUCGGAUACGUUCUACGAUAUUCGAUAUAAGAUAGUAGAAGGUGAUAAAGAUAAAUUUUUCAAAGCUGAACAUAGAAUAGUGGGAGAUUUUUGUUUUCUUUUCAUCAGAAUUAAAACUGGAAAUAACGACGUACUGAAUCGCGAAAGGCGAGAUAAAUAUAUUCUGCAAGUACGAGGAUACGCCACCCUCCGAGAAGGUAAACAAAAAGUUCAAUACACCACCGAUACGACGGUCAUCGUUACUGUAUUAGAUACAAACGAUUUGAAUCCUCUUUUCUAUCCAACGGAAUAUAACGCUACCGUUUACGAGGAUACACCGGUGCAUCGUAAUUUUUUAAAAGUAGUAGCCGAAGAUGCCGAUUUGGGUAGAAACGGCGAAAUUUAUUACAGUUUUAUCGAAGAUACCGACAAAUUUAUGAUACAUCCUAUCACGGGAGCGAUAUCUUUGACCCGUUCACUGAGAUAUAACGAAGGUUCGUACCACGAACUGACCGUUUACGCCCAAGACAGAGGUAUAUCGACGAAAAGCGGAUCGGGAAUGUUCAGCAAAGCGAAAGUGAGAAUUCGCGUACAAAAAGUUAAUUUUCAUUCGCCCGAAAUAAAAAUCAGAAGACAUCCGCAGAUUGUUGAAAACUCGAACGCGGAUAUUUACGCUAUAGUGAACGUAUCGGAUAAAGACAGCGGCGUACACGGGGAAAUAGCCAGUUUGGAAAUAGUCGACGGAGAUCCCGAUGGACAUUUCAGAAUUAAACCCACUAAACAACCGGGUGAAUAUAAUAUAGAAGUUUUAAAAUUGUUAGAUCGCGAAACGGCGCCCAACGGAUACGUUCUACAAUUAAGAGCCGUCGAUAAAGGUAUACCACCCAAGGAAAGUUAUAAAUCCGUACCCGUGGUAUUAGCUGAUUUUAACGACAACGCUCCGGUGUUUAAUAAAGAAAUUUACGAUAUAAAAGUAUCCGAAUCGGCUCCAAUAAACACACCGUUAAUAAGAUUAAAAGUAACAGACGCAGACGAAGGCAAAAACGCCCAAGUAUAUUUAGAAAUCGUAGGAGGUAACGAAGGCGGCGAAUUUAGCAUUAAUUCCGAAACUGGAAUGUUGUACACCGCGGUACCGCUAGACGCCGAAAGUAAACAAUUUUACAGUCUCACCGUAUCCGCCAUCGACCAAGGAAACGUAGCGACGCGUAAACAAUCGUCCGCCAAAAUAAAAAUAUACGUCGAAGAUAAAAACGAUAACGAUCCCAUAUUCGAAAAAUCGGAAACUGUUGUAUGGAUAGACGAGAACAUGCCAGCCGGAGCUUCAGUUACAUCUGUACACGCCAAAGAUAAAGAUAGAGGAGAAAACGCUUACAUCUCUUAUCUAAUUGCCAAUCUUAAUAAAGUCCCAUUCGAAAUCGACCAUUUUUCCGGCGUCAUUAAAACUACGAUGCUGUUAGAUUACGAAAGCAUGAGACGGGAAUAUACGCUACGAAUCCGAGCUUCCGAUUGGGGUUUACCGUACCGACGACAAACCGAGAUGCAAUUAAUUGUUAAAAUUAGAGACGUCAACGAUAAUAGACCGCAAUUCGAAAAAAUCGAUUGCUUCGGACACGUCUCGAGAAAUGUACCGAUCGGAACCGAAAUAAUAACUCUAUCGGCUAUCGAUUUCGACGCGGGAAAUAUAAUUAGUUAUCGCAUCGUAUCCGGAAACGAAGACGGUUGUUUUUCCAUCGAUGCAACCUCGGGAACUAUUAGCGUUAGUUGCGAUCUGAACCAAAUUAAAGUAAACGAUAGAGAACUUAACGUAACCGCCACGGAUAACACACAUUUCGCCGAUAUAACGAGAAUACGUUUCAAAUUAAUCAACGGUAAGAAUAAGAUGUUAAAAUCGUUUAAUAAUGACGAAAGUGAACAGUUCGAUUGCAAGGAUACCGGUGUGGCUAGAAAACUAACUGAAAUUCUCGCUGAUGCGGAAAAUAACAAUAAGCCUUCGACGCAAGAAGAAUUUCCAAUGAUGCCUACACGUUACGGCCUCAAUGUGCACUCCCCGGAAUUCUUGGAUUUUCCCGUAGAAAUUAAAGUGAACGAAUCGGUUGCUUUAGGUACGACGUUAAUCAGGUUACGAGCUCGAGAUAGAGAUUUGGGUUACAACGGAAAACUGCUCUAUGGAAUAUCCAACGGUGAUUUGCGUUCGCAAUUUUGUAUCGACAUGGAAACGGGGGAAUUGAAAGUUAUAGGGUAUUUAGAUAGAGAAAGAGACACGGAAUAUUUUCUAAAUAUAUCAGUAUACGAUUUGGGGAAACCGCAAAAAUCUAUUUCUCGUAUACUUCCUAUAACUGUAUUGGAUGUUAACGAUAAUCCUCCCAAAUUUGAAAAAACGUUGGCGAGUUUUCGUGUGACUGAGAACGCCUUGAACGGCACGGCUAUAUUUCGCGUAAACGCCACUGAUGCCGAUGAAGGCGACAACGCUAAAAUCACUUACUCCCUAAUAACGGAUACGAAAGAUUUUUAUAUAGAUCCAACAACGGGAGUACUCAUAGUAUCUAACGGUUUAGAUAGAGAACGGCAGGAUUUGUACGAAUUAAAAAUACGAGCGACAGAUGGUGGAGGUAAAGGUCCCGAUAACCCUCCUCUUUAUUCAGACGCUUUAGUGAGAAUCACCAUCGAUGACAUCAAUGAUAAUCCUCCUAAAUUCAGUUUGCCGAAUUACGUGGUUAAAAUACGCGAGGAUGUACCUAAAGGAACCGUAGUAGCUGUAAUUACAGCAUCGGAUCCGGAUUUAGGGCUCGAAGGUGAAGUGCUUUAUUCCUUGGAAGACAGCGAUAGUGACGAAGCUUUCAGAAUAGAUAAUUUAUCGGGUACUAUCCGUACGACGAAAUUGCUAGAUUUCGAGGAAAGACAAGUACAUAGUUUAGUGGUAUAUGCGAAAGAUAAAGGAAAUCCUUCGUUGUCUUCGGAAGCUAGUGUAACUAUAAACGUCGUGGAUGUUAAUGAAAAUAUGUACGUUCCGCAGUUUAGUGAUUUCGUUUUAGUGGGAAAAGUGACGGAAAAUUUACCCGUAGGCAGUUUUGUGAUGCAAGUUAAUGCGACGGAUUCGGAUCCGCCCGGAGGGGACAGCACAAUAGAGUACUCCAUUAGAGGAGGAGAUGGAAUUGGAAUUUUCUCUAUAGAUAAUAAAGGCGUUAUUCGUACUUUGGCCAUGCUUGAUAUCGAAACGAAAAGUCACUACUGGAUAACGGUGUUCGCUCAAGAUCAUGGUAUCAUACCUUUGGUGUCUAGUGUUGAGGUGUAUAUCGAAGUUUUAAACGAAAACGACAACGUUCCUUUAAGCGAAGAGGCGGUUUACUAUCCAAACAUUCCCGAAGAGAGUCCCGAAGGCACCACAGUUCUUCAAAUAAGAGCUACGGAUAGGGAUAAGGACCCUAACCAAAAAAUAACAUACAAGAUCACCUCUGGCAACCCCGAGGGUUUUUUCGUCAUCAAUUCUAGCGAAGGUAUCAUUACGACGACAUCUAGAAAAUUGGACAGAGAAGCUCAACCAGAACAUAUUCUCGAGGUUCUUAUCAGUGAUAAUGGAAGUCCCCCUCUCACGUCUAUAACGCGAGUCGUAGUAGGAGUUGAAGACAUCAACGACAAUGUUCCUGAAUUUGAACAAAUCUCCUACGAAAUUCAGAUCCCGGCUGUAAAAAGUGAAACCGAUCAACCUCUUUUCCAGAAAGACACCCCCUUCAAUGAAUUUGAAGAGCUCGAUGAUGCUCCUGGGGAUGAGGAUAUAUGGGAGACACAUGGUCCUACCGAUUAUAUCGAUCUAAACCAGGUAUCAAGGGUCUUGGCUUUUGACCGGGAUAUAGGACAAAAUGCUCAAUUGAAUUACCACAUUAAAUCGGGAAAAGGACGGACGAAAUUCAAAAUUGAUAACAGCACUGGAAUAGUUUAUGCGCAAAAAACUCUUCUGGCUGGCGAGGAAUAUGAAUUGAAUGUGAAAGUAAGCGACAUGGGGGAACCACCAAAGCACAGCGUCUGCAAAGUAUUGGUUCGAACUAUACCAAUUUUAGCCACCUCCCUACAUGCCCCAGUCGUCAAACAACCUGCUCCAGUUAAAUUAACUGAAGGUGAUGAAAUAGGAUUGUUAGUUGCUUCAAUAUCGGCCAUGGAUCCAGAUAAUGACACAUUGUGGUAUGACAUCGUAGAUGGAAACGAAAGAAAUGAUUUCUUCAUUGGUAGGGACAUCGGAAAUAUUCUAAUAGCUCAACGGUUAGAUUACGAAACCCAACACGAUUACGUCCUGAACAUCAGCGUUACAGAUUCAGUCCACACCGUUUAUGUCCAAUUGAACAUAACCAUACUUGACAUAAACGAUAACAGACCAAUAUUUUCGGAACGCGUUUACAAAGUAGAAAUAUCGGAAGCAGUUCCGUUAUACACGGAAGUACUUAAAUUACAAGCCACUGAUAAAGACGCUAACGAAAAUUUGAUAUACAGUUUCCAUUCCGCCGAAAAUAUGAUAUCUUUACGAACCUUUAUGCUAAACCAAAUGACCGGGAUCAUAUCUUUAGCGGCCAGUUUGGACAGGGAAUCUCUAAACGAACAUAUAUUAACAGUUAUGGUGAAAGAUAGCGGAAUACCGGCCAAGAAAAACUACGCUAGAGUUCAUAUAAUUGUACACGAUCACAACGAUCAUACGCCUACGUUUGCUGAUAAAAUUUUGGUCGGGAAAGUGUUUGAAUCGUCAGCAGUGGGUAGCGCGGUAUUGCGCGCUUACGCUGUCGAUCACGAUAAAGGCGAAAACGCACGAAUAUCCUACUCGAUUAUUUCCGGUAACGUCGGUAACGUAUUUAGUAUUGACGCUGACUUGGGCACCAUUACUAUAGCUAGAGAACUAGAUCUUACGACGGUUAAAGAAUACACGCUGCAUAUCAAAGCCACCGAUCACGGGCAACCGCCUCUGUCGUCGACGGUACCGGCGCACAUAAUGGUAACGAUGGCCGACAACGCGCCGCCUAAAUUCGUCGGAAAAGAACUAGCAGCUGAAAUAUAUGAGGAUCAACCGCUGGGUAGUUAUGUAGCACACCUCGAUGUCAGGAGUACGUCUUCUUUACAAUUCGAAAUGUUAUCUGGAAACACCGAUAAUGCCUUUUUGAUUAGUCCUAGUACCGGCGUCAUAACCACUAACAAGUACUUGGACUAUGAGGCUGUGAAGUAUUAUAAUUUAUCUGUGAUAGCCACUAAUAUGGCAUCAAUUUCAGCGACUUGCAGUAUAAUUAUUCAUAUUCUGGACAAAAACGAUAACAUACCAGAAUUUCUACAAUCCAAUUAUUACGGAAUAAUAAGCGAAUCCGCACCGAUUCAAUCAUUAAUUUUAACAAAUAAAAGCGAUCCCCUGGUUAUCAAAGCUUACGACGCCGAUUCCGAAGGUAAUUCCUUAUUGGAAUACACCAUCAUAGAAAAUUUACCAAGAAGAUACUUCGAAAUCGACGGCAACACCGGCGCUAUAAGAGUCAUCAAAUUGCUAGAUCACGAAACUUACGGUAGUUUCACGUUCCACGUACAAGUAUCCGACAUGGGAACUCCAAAGUUAUCAUCCGAUACAACGGCAAGAGUCGAUAUAAAAAUAAUAGACGUUAAUGAUUCUCCGCCUAUUUUCCAGAGCCCUAUUUACAACGUUACUUUACUGUUACCGUUAUAUAAAAACGUAGCAGUCGUACAAGUGAACGCUACUGAUCCGGACGGUCCUGAAACGGGCACUUUGAGAUACGACAUUAUCGAAGGGAAUAAAUUAGGAAUAUUCAACGUGGAUCCGAAAACUGGUCUAAUUACUUUGGCUGAUCCCGAUAAUUUAAAAUCUUCCCACAGACUCCACGUAAGAGUAUCGGACGGGAAAUUCUCUAACGUGGCUAAAGUUUAUGUUAGAGUAGACGCAAGCGAUAAUUCCGGUUUAGUUUUCCAAAAAUCCGUUUAUGAUGGUACCGUUAUAGAAAAUUCUACGAAAAUACAUCACGUUAGCGUCGUCAACGUUCUAGGAACUUCUCUAAACGAACACGUGGAAUUUCGUAUAUUAAAUCCUACGGAUUUGUUUACCAUCGGUCAAACUUCGGGAGUUAUUAGAACUACCGGUUUGGAAUUCGAUAGAGAAAAAAAAGAUAAUUACGAACUUAUAGUAGAAGCGAAAAGCGAAAUGCCGCCAAGAGAACGUCCUAGAGUGGCGCACGUCAUUGUUAACGUCACUGUUUUAGAUAUAAAUGAUAAUUGCCCCAUGUUCGUUAACUUACCAUAUUACGCGGUAGUAUCUGUCGACGACGAAAAAGGAAGUACGAUAACGAAGGUUCAUGCCAUCGAUUUGGAUAGCGCGGAAAACGGAGAAGUUAGAUACGAACUGAUCAAAGGGCAUGGAGAAUUAUUUAAAGUGCAAAGAGAUUCCGGGAAUAUUGAAAUUAAACAGAACUUGGAAGGACAUAAUAAGGAAUAUGAACUAUUGAUAGCUGCUUAUGAUAAAGGUAUAACGCCAUGUCGAACGGAUGUUACAGUCCACAUCAAAGUGAUCGACAGGUCUAUGCCGGUCUUCAAAAAGCAAUUUUACUCCGAGUCAAUUCCAGAAAAUGUGGAAUUGCAUUCUCCACUGUCGAUUUCAAUCGAAGCCGAAUCACCACUGUCUCGCAAAUUGAUUUAUAGCAUUGUUAAAGGAAACGAUAUGGAGCAAUUCGCCCUUGAUUUCAACACAGCCCCCGAUACUAACACUGGCCCUUGUGUGAUAUCCGUGGUAGAUGAACUAGAUUAUGAACAGCAAGCCCUCUUUGAACUUAUUAUAAGAGCUACUGAUUCUGUAUCUGGUGUUCAUGCGGAAGUUCCCGUGUCAAUUAUUCUACUAGAUGUUAAUGAUUGUCCACCUGAAUUUACUGAAGAAAACUAUAACAUAUCCAUAUCAGAAGCGGCUCAAUUUGGAACGCCUAUUUUAACAGUGGCAGCUUUGGAUAACGAUACCGGUAUCAAUAAGCAAAUAAUUUAUUCCAUACUUAAAGAAGACAACAAAAAUCACGAAUAUUUCUUUAUUGACGAAAACGACGGAACUAUAUAUUUAAAACAGUCUUUGGACCACGAAGAAUCAAGUCUACAUCAUUUUGUAGUUGUUGCUACCGAUAAGGGCGUUCCAAACCUUUCCAGCACAGCCCAUGUGUGGUUGAAAGUUCUUGACAUGAACGACAAUCCACCGAAAUUCGAACAGUCGACUUAUUCGUGCGGACUAUCAGUAAGCGCCAAACGAGAUCAAUUCGUCACAGUUGUUAGAGCAAGUGACCUAGACGAUGUGGAUCGUAAUAAUUUACGUUACUCAAUAGUUAACGGUAACGAUCAUCAAACUUUCUCGAUGGAACCAGAAACGGGAAUAAUAACUCUUACUAACUUGGCAAACUUUGGAUCACAACACAUCAUGCUCCUCAACAUAUCGGUGUCGGAUGGAGUUUACACGAGUUUCGCUAGAUUAAAAGUUGAAUUGUUACCAGCCAAUUUAUAUCCGCCUCAAUUUAGCGACAUCAUAAGAGAUGUGCAGGUUCCGGAAAAUAGACUACCAGGCUAUCCUGUAACAACUGUCAACGCAACUGACGGCGACAUGGGUGAAUUUGGAAUCGUCACCUAUAGCAUUCACUCCCCUUUGAUGAGUGAAUUUUUUAUCAUCGAAAAGAAUUCUGGUAAAAUUACAACCAAAGUUAAAUUAGAUCGAGAAAAACAUAAGAUGUACGAGAUAUUAGUCGCCGCAACUGACGGUGGAGGGCUAUCAGACUUUAUGACAGUCAGAGUAAAAGUUAUCGACGAAAACGAUAACGCUCCAAAAUUUUUAUUAAAAGAAUACAAAGCUAGCAUACAUUCCAACUUAACCACAGGUAGUAGUUUCGCAAAAAUCAAAGCUAUAGACGAAGACGAAGGUGUCAAUGCCGAAUUAUUGUAUUCUAUAUAUGAAAAGAAACAAUCAGAAGUUGGAAACAUUUUCUCUAUCAAUCAUAUCACUGGAGAAUUAUAUUUAUUAAAAAAUGUCCAUAACUAUGUUGGAAAUACAUUUCAAUUCUUCGUUAGAGCGACAGAUCGUGGUCGAACAGAAAAACACGCAGAAGUUCCAGUAAACGUUCUAAUCAUGGGACCAAAAGAUUAUCCGCCAAUAUUCGAAAGAGAUGUCGGGAAAUUUUUCCUAUCUGAAAAUUCUGCCACAGGUACUGUUAUUACAAGAUUAAAGAUGGUUUCCAAUAUAUCGGUUUCCUUCCAAAUUAUAUCUGAUUCUGAGGAAGAUCCUCAAUUCGACAUAGACAAUCAGGGACAAAUCUAUUUAUCUAAACCACUGAAUUUUGAAGCACAAAGUACUCAUUUUAUAGGAGUUCUAGCAUUGACAGAUUCUAGUCCACCACUAGUAGCACUUGCCGAAAUUAUAUUACAAGUACAAGAUGAAAACGAUCAUCCACCACAAUUCGAAAGUUCUUUAUAUCAUUUAAAUUUGGCCGAAAACAUCGAAGAAGGAAGAUCCGUUUUACGAGUAAUUGCCCAUGAUGAAGACCAAGGGAACAACGGAGAAGUUCGAUAUAAUUUUUCCCCCGACAUAGGAGACACGGCUAACUUAUUCGCCAUCGACAGUCAUACCGGUUGGAUAAGCGUGAUAGCGAAACUCGAUAAAGAACUCAAACCCGAAUACAAAUUCUAUGUUACCGCAAUAGAUAACGGUACUCCUAAAAAUUCUGCGCGGACCACUGUUCUCAUACGACUCAAAGAUUAUAACGACAGUCCUACGAAGUUCAAAGAAAACUUUUAUAAUACUACGGUGAGCGAAGACGCUUUACCCGGUACUGUUGUAAUGAUUCUGGAAACUACGGACGCCGACAUCGAUCUCACGACUCCUGUAGAAUAUUACAUCGUUUCUGGAGAUGGUAGUUCGAAUUUUGAAAUUAAACAAUCGGGAGAAUUGUACGUCGCAAAGGCUUUGGAUAGAGAGAAAGUCAGUUCAUAUAAUUUGGAAGUCAUGGUGACAGAUGGUUUGUUUACUGACAAAACUAAAAUCAAGGUUAUAAUUGGGGACGUUAAUGAUAAUCCACCUUAUUGCCUGAAACAUCGCUACAGGGAAAUACUAUCGGAAGGCAUAUUCCCAGGCUCUUACGUUUUGACAGUGCUAGCAACAGAUAUCGACGGUCCCGAACAUUCGAAAUUGCGAUACGUUUUAAGCGGUAACGGUUCCGAAACCUUCUCAUUAGACAAGGAAACCGGUAUACUUAAAACUGUCGCUUACUUGGAUAGAGAAAAGCAAUCGAAAUAUAUGUUGAGUGCUCAUAUUCACGACAAAGAAUACGCUAUGUGGGAAUGCUCCUCCCAAAUAGAACUAACAAUAUCCGAUCUAAACGAUAACGCCCCGUUAUUCACAUUACCAUAUUAUUCCAUAACGUUACCGGAAGAUGUCGAAAUCGGGACGUUAGUAACCAAAAUCCACGCUUCCGAUGCCGAUGUAGGACUGAAUAGAAAAGUGAAAUAUUCAUUUUUAGAUUCUUUCCACGAUCAUUACAGAAUAGAACCAGAUAGUGGUAUAGUAACACUGGCUAAACCGUUAGAUAGAGAAAUUAAAGCAUUGUACAAUCUGUCUGUACAAGCUACCGAUCAAGGUUCUCCCCAAUUAUCUAGUACGGUAUAUCUUGUAGUUAACGUACAAGAUAUCAACGACAAUCCUCCGGAAUUCGAAAAGAAAUAUUACUUCGCAACUAUACCCGAAAUAGAUAGCAUCGGAACGGAAGUUUCUAGAGUAUUGGCAACCUCGAAAGAUAUCGGUGCUAACGCGGAAGUUUACUACUCAAUUAUCGGUGGAAACGAACAUAAGAAAUUCGCUAUUCAUAAUAAAACCGGUGUAAUAACUAUAGCUGACAUUUUGGAUUACGAAAAAGCGAAGGAUUAUUUUUUGACAAUUCAAGCUAUCGACGGAGGUAUUCCACCUUUGAGCAAUGUUGCCACGGUAAACAUAACUAUAAUCGAUUGUAAUGACAACGCGCCUGUUUUUAGUCAAGCGUCUUACAGUGCUAGAAUUAGGGAAGAUGCUCAAAUAGGCGACAAAAUAUUACAGAUUACAGCCACUGACUUGGACAGUAAUGCAAAUGGUGAAGUAUCAUAUUCUAUAAUUAAAGGGAACAAUCAAGGACAGUUCGAAAUAGAUGAAAGAUCUGGAUAUGUUUUUGUAGUUGCCGAUUUAGAUAGAGAAACCGUUUCUAGUUAUGUGCUGGAAAUUUUAGCCAAAGACAACGGCGUACCUGUUCUAUCAAGACAAACUUUACUAAAUAUUGAAAUAUCUGAUGCCAAUGAUAACCCUCCAAUAUUUUCUCAAUCCAAUUACAGUGUUAUCGUUCAAGAAGAUAAACCACUAGGAUAUUCAAUUAUCAAAUUCGAAGUGACGGACGCCGAUACCAUUCCCAAUACAGUGCCGUACACAUUCGAUUUUCGCAGCGGAAAUGAAGGCAAUAGUUUCAGAUUAGAUCAAGAUGGUGUUUUGAGAACAGCUACCAAAUUCAAUCAUAAAAUAAGAGACACAUACUUAUUGCAAAUUAGAGUUUUCGAUAACGGAAGUCCUCCGAUGUUUUCAGAUACGUGGGUAGUUGUAAAAGUUAUAGAAGAAUCGCAGUACCCUCCGAUAAUCACGCCACUCGAAAUCAACAUUAACAGUUAUCUCGAUGAAUAUUCGGGCGGAGUGAUCGGUAAAGUUUAUGCGAACGAUCAAGAUCAAUACGAUACCCUAACAUUUGCUCUAUCUCCAACGGCGGGAAUUUCGUAUCCGACUCACGAACUAUUUCGAAUAAAUAAAACGGAUGGAACUUUAACGGCAUUACCUCGAUUGGAUGUCGGGGAUUAUCGUUUAAACGUGACGGUAACCGAUGGGAAAUUCUCCACGCACGCCAUAGUAAAAAUUAACAUAGAAAUUUUAUCUGAAAGUAUGUUAGAAAACGCGGUCGGUAUAAGAUUCCGCGACGUCAGACCCGAAACUUUCAUAUUAAGUCAUCGAAAAGGUUUCAUCCGAGCCAUCAGAAACGCCAUGAAUUGUAGACUUAAAGACGUUGUUAUCAUCAGCGUACAACCGUCUAAUAACGAAGAUCUACUUAGAACAAAACGUUACAGUAACAAAGAUCUCGACGUACUUUUCACCGUAUACAAACCCGACGAAGGAUUCUUCCCUGCUGAAACGAUAAAAAAAGCUCUCAGCGAUAAUCUUCAGGAACUCGAAGAAAGCACCAAGCUGGUAGUGGAAGAAAUACUCAGAUUCAAGUGCAGCAACAAAUAUUGUAUCUACGGCACGUGUCAAGAUCAUUUCGUCUUAGAUACCGAGUCAAUAGAACCGAUUUCAACGGACGUUACGAGUUUCGUUUCGCCCAAACAUCACCAGAAACUCGAAUGUUUAUGCAAAGAAGGAUACGGCGGCGAAAAAUGCGACGCAAUCGUAAACGAAUGCGCGAGAGAACCUUGCGAUACUUUCAAGUUAUGCGUUCCGGAUUCUUCUCAAAUUGGAUAUACUUGUCAAUGUCCGGAAGGUUACGCUGGGGCGUCGUGCGACGUGGACAUUUCUAAAUGCCACGAAAAUAAUUGUUACAUUGCCAGGAAUCCGAUUUCGUUUAGCGGAAAAAGCUACUCUCAAUAUAGGAUCAUCAAUAAAAAGUCCAUAGAAGAUAAAUUCAGUUUGAGCUUGAGGAUAAGAACUGUACAACCUACUGGAAAUCUUUUAUAUGCUGCCGGGAAAAUUGACUAUAAUAUUUUGGAGAUCGUUAACGGUCGAAUUCAAUUCAGAUACGAAUUAGGUAGCGGCGAAGGUAUAGUUCGAAUUCCGAAUAUAUUCAUAUCCGAUGGAAGUUGGCACGAAAUCAAACUAGAAAGAGAUAGAAACAACGCGAAAAUAUCCAUAGACGGAGAUCACAACGCGCAAGGGUCAGCUCCCGGUAUCAGCGAGAUACUAAAUCUUCAAAGCGACGAAUUAUACCUAGGAGCCGAAGUCCAUCAACAUCCGACAGUAUUAGGUUUCGAAGAUAUCCAAAAAGGCUUCGUGGGUUGUAUGGACGACAUAAGGAUAUCCAGAGUGGCAGUACCUUUACACAAAUCCGGUGAAAAUUCCGUAGUUGUGUUAAAACGGUUCGCAAACGUCGAAUUUAGUUGUGACGCCGCUACCGUAUUACUUCCGCCGGGUCCUUGCGGAUCACAACCUUGUAUGAACGGAGGUACUUGCAGAGAAACUAAAACCAGUUUCGAAUGCUCUUGCCAUUCUAGAUUUACAGGCAGUCUUUGCGAAAGGGAUACGGAUCCUUGCGCUUCUUCGCCUUGCUUGUACGGCGGUAAAUGCAUCCCUACAAUAACGGGUGAUUUCUCGUGCGAAUGCGUCUUUAUGUUGAGCGGAAAAAGAUGCGAAUACGGUAAAUAUUGCUCGCCCAAUCCGUGUAAACACGGCGGCGUUUGUGAGGAAGGAGACGAAGGUCCGCUUUGUAAAUGUAGAUCCUUCACCGGUGAAUUCUGCGAAUUCGAUUUAAAUGAAUGCGAAUCUUCGCCGUGUCAAAACGGCGCCAACUGUAUAAACGAAAUCGGUUCGUUUCAUUGCGUUUGUCCGCCAAACGUUACCGGACCUUAUUGCGCGAAUUUAAUCUACUCUACCUCUCUAUCGACUCCGUUUCAUAAUUUCACGUGGGAAGAACUUAUCUACAUCGGCAUAGGAGCUAUAUGCGUAAUCUUAUUAGUCACAAUCGUAAUAACCUGCAGAUGUUACUGUAAACACAAGAAAAAGAGAAACAUGAACAACGAAAAUCUCAAAGACAACAUCGUUCUAAAUUCCAACAGAGCUCACGAAUUAUCUGAAUUCAAACGAGGCUCGAAAAUUAGUAAUUUAGAAGUUAACCAAAGAGAAUUACCGGCUUGUCCCCCUCGACCGGUUUCUUAUACAUCAAGCUCCCAAAACGAUCCGAUUUACAAUUGCAAUUCGGCUACUGUUAUGUUAAACAACUUAGACACACUAAGGAGCUACGGAUCAGCCGGCGACGAAUUAGAAAACGUUCCAUCGGACUACGUCAGGCCGGAUUACGUUAAGAAUUUGAACCGAAACACUCCCCCCGGUUGUGUCAGUAACCACUACGAUUCCGAAAAGUCGACGUUCGCCGAACAGAUGCAUUUGGCUUCUUCGUUAAACGAUAGAUCGAAAAUUAAAAAGGGCACCAAUAUUCCUGAUUAUAUUAGAAUCGCUCCGAAUAACUGCGAUAUAACAAAUAGAUUGUACGGCGGUCGAAGUAACAUAAAAAGUAAUGGAUCCGUUUCCGGUGAAGAUCAAAGAAACACAGGAAGUUAUCAUUGGGAUUGUUCUGAUUGGGCGCGACAUAGCCAGACGUUACCGAACAUAACCGAGGUGCCGGGCAGCGAAAUUCCUGAUUCAUCCAGUUUUCACAGUAACGAAAGUAACGAAUCCCAUUAUCAUCAACAUUCUUCUUCGGUUUCGGGAUACCACGUCGAUCCACGUAGAGACAUUACUACUUUAAAUGAAGAUAACGAAACCGAAUAUAAUGCUGACAACAUAUAUAGAAUGAACCGCAUCAGCCCUAAUCUUAGCGGUUUAGAUAGCGGUAAUGAAGAGUAUAGAUUCACCACAGUGCCUUUGAUCAUUAUUAAACCUAGCGAUAGUUAUACACGUCAUCCUAAUUCAUAUCUUCCAGCCCACGAAUAUAACAUACCAACAGAAGCCGACGAAAGCCUUCGAAGUCCCGGUGCAGAUUCUGAUGAUGUCGAACCAUACGGAUUCCCUAGUAAUAGAAAUAGACGAAAAAUCUGUGAUGACGAUAUAGCUUCUGUAAUUACCACUUUAGAAGAGAGACAUUCCCUAUUGGGUUAUGCAAGUAACAGCGACCUCUCGACCAACCUUUGCGAAAUAGAAGACUCCGAAUGCGAAUCUGAACACAAACCUUUGAAUAGCUACGUCGGCGGCGUUCAACAAACUUCAGUCUGACAAAAACCCUACACGGGUACGUUACGAAAAACCCGUUUUAUUGGAUAGUAUAAGAUGAGUAUCACAAUGCGACAGGAUGACGUUCAAUAUUAUUCGACGUAAAUAAAUAUAUAUAAAUAUCGUGAUUUAAGGACAUUUAGGUAACUAAACCGUAUCGGGAAUUGAAGAAUAUACUUAAAAAUAAUUUAUCGUAUAGUUGGCAUAUCACAUAGUUCAACAGAGGAAUUUUUUUUUGAUUAAUCUUAGUUCGAAUGUAUUUAUUUCAAUCGCAUUUAGGUUAUUAAUUCUAUAAUAGAAAUUCAAUUGCCACUGAAUCAAAUCUGAAACUUAAGCGGUAAGCAGAAUGAACGCGAGCGUGACACGCUCUAGACGUUCAUAAAUGUCAAACAUAGCUCAACUUGUUCACAAACUGUGGUAACGUACACAAUGAUUGAGCUUGUACGCGCUCUUGACUUCGAAGUUAACCAACUUUCUACUUUUCACUCGCUGAUCGUUGGUGAACGUUAAAAACAUAACCUCACUUUUCUAGUGUAGUUUGUAGUUGCAGAUACAGAUACAAAUACAGAUGCAGAUAGUUGCAAAAUCAGGUUUUCUUAUUGAAUGUUUUGUUGAGUCCCGAUUCAUUCUUCUAUAUUUAAAAAAUUCGUCGUUCAUUUUAAAUUAUGUUGAAGUAAAUAACUGUAGAUAUUUCUAUUCAAAUUGAGGGGUCUCACUCACCACCCAUUUAAUACAGUAAAGUAAGUAUAUAAUACAUUAUAAAUAAAUCAAAAUCGUUUAGAUUCGCUGGUUCGCAAUAAACAUAACCUUAAAAGUACAUGUAUAUAAAGAAAUCUAAACGGUGAUCAAAGAUUCUAACUUAUUUAUAAUGUAUUAUAAUUAUAGUUACUUUACUGUAUGAAAUGGGAGGUGGGUGACACCCUAAAUUUGAAUAGAAAUAUCUACAGUUACUUCACUGCAAUAUAUGUUACAAUGAACGAAUUUUUUGAACAUAGACGAAUGAAUCGGGGUUUAUGUGAUCAAUUUUUGAACUUAUAGAGCAGAGACUUGUCAAAACAUUCAAUAAGAAAAAAUGAUUGUCGAUUAGAUCAGGAAGUUAAUCACCAGUUCUUGUAAUAGAAUUUUCAAAUGGGAAAACGAUUCCCUAUAUUCUGCCAAAGUGUGGUAAUCAUUAUAUCUGCUGCUACCUUGCUUUUGAAGUCUGAUGUACAGGUUGGUUGUAACACCAAAAGUAACUAGAUUACAUUACAAAAUUGCACUCAAUAAAAAUGGCACUAAACCGAUAAUGUUGCAAGUACGACAUCUUGUAUAAAACAAUCAGCUUAACUUCAUCUGUCCAUGAUUUUGAUCAAGAGAUAUUGCGUCUUGCAUUGCAUUGCACUAUGUCAAACGGCCUUGACUAACAUUCCUUCAUAUUUUCUUGUGAAAUUAAAAUAACUAAAAAUAGGUACUUUAAUGAUACCAAACGUGCUUGUAGGUGUCAUCAUUAGGUAUGAUCAACUUGAUUAUCUACUUGGCAGCUGCAAAAAUUUCUUUUUAAGGUAUAGUUGAAAAAACUAUGUACACACCUCAAGAGGAAAAUGCGGUGCCUCUCUUCGCGUCGAAUAUUAAACUGUAUAAAAAUAUGUUUCUCCUUUGGUAUGUAAAUAGCUAUCAAUUCGUGUCAAAAUGGAAUUUCUAUUAAAGAUUAUAUUGUGAUAGACUUUUCUAAAUGUUUCCCUUUUCAUAAAAUUCCUCUGUUGAGUGAAAGCUACUUAAAGAAAUGUAAAUAAAAGGACCUAAAUAUUUUUGUAAUGUUAGUGGAAAAUAUUUGAAACAAAUACAGGGUCCGUGUGUAUUUAAUCCUAUUUAAUUUGAUUACGCCUUUUAUUUGUAGUUUAUGGGAUUAAAUAUACCAAACCGUAUGUUAAUUACCAUAUUUGGAAUUUCGAUAUUGAUGGAAAAAAUUUAAUUUAAAUGUCGGUGUAAUAGUGUCACAAAUCGAAAUUCGAAUGGUAUACAAGUUUUUUUAUGUUUCCUUGAUAGUAUCAUCGCCUUUUGCGUUUUAGUUUUUAGAACUUUUUAUAUAUUCAUAAUUUUAAUUAAUAGUCAUCGGGUUUUAUUAUAAAUUGACAUGAAAAUCUCAAACCCAUAUUUCUAGAUUGAAUUAAUGCUCCAAAAAUGUAGUAUCUUUGUGAAAUUUGUUUUUUUAAGUUGCAGGUAUAUUUAUUGACACUAAAUUACUCAAAAUUAUUUAUUAAAAAUUGUUUAUUACUCACUUAACAUUUGAAACUAUUAUAUAAAAAAUCACUUUUCAUUUUUUUUCAAAGUGAUACGCCAAUAAGUCAUCAUUUGAAUGUUUUGAAAUAUAUUUUGAAGACAAUUUAAACUUAUUAAGCAUAUUAACAAAAAUACAAUGUAUAUCGCAAUUCAACCAAAUUAUUAUUUAUAAAUUUAAAUAAAACAUAUUACACUAGGUAUUUAAUAUUCGUUUUGUAGCACAUAUUGCCUCCCCUUGUUCAAAUCAUUAUAUUCACCAUAAAUGCAUAUUUAUAUAUAAAUUUAUUUUUUUCCCUGCUAUUAUAAAAUAAUAUUAUAGAUUCAAAAA